UUCUUAACCACUGGACCACCAGGGAAGUCCCCAAAGAAGGUGUUUUUCGGAUUUAAUGAUAUCGUGUGUAGGCUUAUUCCUCCCAAUAAAUAUUAAUGUCCUACCCUCUCUUGCACCAGUAAUUGGCUGUACAGUUAAUCUGACAGUUUGUCAUGUACUGCUUUGCAGCGUCUGUUGUAUUCUUAUCUUGGAUGGUUAAGUCUUAAUUUGAAAAUGUUAGUGCCAGUUCUACAAGUGGACUGGAGGCCUGGACCUUGCCUUAGUAUUUCUUCGUCAGGGCCUUAAUAAGAAUGAUUUCUUCAUCAGGUAUACAAGCACUUGGGAAUCAUCUGUGACAGUUUUACCUGUGAGUAGAAAUAUAUAAUUUUGAAAGCCAGGCCUUUUCUGCAUAGAAAGGGUUAGUGGAGGCUCUUACUCUGGCAGUCUGAAUGAAAGGAGGGACACAUUUAUGAGCCUUGGGACCCUAGCACUUAGAAGGAGGUGGUAGGGGAUGAGCUGCCCGUGAAGGAAAUGGAGAAGCAGAGCCAGGAGAGUGCCACGGGACAGAUGGUGAUGGCUUGCCAACACACGUCCUGGGAGGAAUGCCUGAAACCAGCAUCACCUCUGAAACCUCAUAAGAAGCUUGAGUAUUUAUUCAGUAAAUAUGUAUUAGUUGCCUAUUGUGUGCCCCUUACCAUCCUAGGCACCGGGAACUCAGUGGUGAGCAAAACAAAGACCCCUGCUUUCAUGGAGUCUACAUUCCGGUGGGGAAGACGAGAGAUAAAUGUAUAUCAAAAAGACAGAAAUUAUGUGUAACACGUCUCAUGAUGAUAAGCAUUUUAAUUGAACUUUUCAUUGCAACCCGUCCUCCACCAAACAGCACAUUAAAGACAAAAGAAAUGAAUGGACACAGUGCAGCUGGUGCAGAGAUGAUCAUGACUAGAAAUACGUAAAGCCCGGGUUCUCCGAGGGAGCAUCUUAAGGCCACCCAGCCGUAUGUCAACAGCACGUGUGUGAAGAUGACUCUGCUUGGCCCUCCUUUUGUCGUGUUGAAUCCAUAUGGUCCCUUCUAAAUUGGAAGAAGACAUUCCAACCCAAGUAGGAGGAUUCACUGACUUCACGGGAAAUCAAAUUCUCCUACCUUGAGUAGGUGCACCCUAGAACAUGAUUAUAGCAAUGCCAAGCCAGUACAACCGUGUGAAGCUGAAAAGCGGUUGCUCGCGGCCCUCCCUGCAAUGGUACACCCGCGCUCAGAACAAGAUGAGAAGACCCAGCUUGUUGUUAAAAGACAUCCUCAAGUGUACAUUGCUUGUGUUUGGAGUGUGGAUCCUUUAUAUCCUCAAGUUAAAUUAUACUACUGAAGAAUGUGACAUGAAAAAAAUGCACUAUGUGGACCCCAACCGCAUAAAGAGAGCCCAGCAAUAUGCCCAGGAAGUCCUGCAGAAGGAAUGCCGGCCCCAGUUCGCCAAGAGGUCGAUGGUGCAGCUCUUCAGGCGCAGGUACACCUUGGACCUGCCACCUUUCGUGACGAAGGCCCCCGCAGGGAGUGAGGCCGAGUACAAGUAUGACCCUCCUUUUGGAUUCCGCACGUUCUCCGAGAAAGUCCAGACCCUCUUGGAACUCUUGCCCGAGCAUGACUUCCCUGCACACUUGAAAGCCAAGAGCUGCAGGCGUUGUGUGGUCAUUGGAAGUGGUGGAAUCCUCCACGGACUAGAGCUGGGCCAGGCCCUGAACCAGUUCGAUGUUGUGAUAAGGUUAAACAGUGCACCGGUUGAAGGAUAUUCAGAGCAUGUUGGAAAUAAAACUACUAUAAGGAUGACUUAUCCAGAGGGUGCACCACUGUCUGACCUUGAAUAUUAUUCCAAUGACUUGUUUGUUGCUGUUUUAUUUAAGAGUGUUGACUUCAACUGGCUUCAGGCGAUGGUCAAAAAUGAAACCCUGCCGUUUUGGGUGCGACUCUUCUUUUGGAAGCAGGUGGUGGAAAAAAUCCCACUCCAGCCAAAACAGUUCAGGAUUUUGAAUCCGGUUAUUAUCAAAGAGACUGCCUUUGACAUCCUUCAAUACUCAGAGCCUCAGUCAAGGUUCUGGGGCCGAGAUAAGAACAUCCCCACGAUUGGUGUCAUUGCCGUUGUCUUAGCCACGCACCUGUGCGAUGAAGUCAGUUUGGCAGGCUUUGGCUAUGACCUCAGCCAACCCAGAACACCUUUGCAUUACUUUGACAAUCUCUGUAUGGCUGCCAUGAACUUUCAGACCAUGCACAAUGUGACCACAGAGACCGGGUUCCUCCUGAAGCUGGUCAGAGAGGGCGUGGUGAGGGAUCUCAGCGGAGGCAUCCAUUGUGAAUUUUGAACCCAGAAAACCUCACUUGAAAAUGCAGUUCUGACCAGGAGGGCUGUUUUUCACAGCCUUCUUGAUGCGUCCUGCAAGACCUUUGAAGUGCAGCUGGUGUUUUUUAACUUUUAAUUUAAAAAACAGAAACAAUACAGAAAGUUCUGCUCUUCCCACUUUUUUUCCCUAUUUAUUUGAAGCCAGUGUUUUUGCACAAAAUUUUGUAAGUUAAUUUUGAGAAUGGGAAAGACUUUGCAAAGAGAAUUGUAUGUAAUGAUGUUUUAUUGUAUUUUAAGAAAGUUAUUUAAUUUGUAAAAACUCUGUUCAUGUCUACUGCACAUAGAAUCCCAGGUCACUAUAUGGAAGAAGGGAGGCGACUCCUUUGAUGACAGCCCUGAAUGCCUGAUUCUGGUUCUCUGUUAGUCUGUUUGGUGGGACAGAUGUCGGAAGCACUUCCAGGGUGACGUGCUGGGUAGCUAAACCACUGGGACUGGUUGGGCCAUGCUGCUGCAUGAGGCCUGGGCCGGUCGGAGAAGUUCACCGUCCCUCUCUGUUGAUCUGCCUUCUGCAGGAAGACUUGUAGGAAUCAAGCAGGGGAGCUGUCCUGCAGGUCCCAGGUCAAGGAGGGGCACAGAGACAUUUUCUGUGUCCUCCGAGUACUGCAACGCUGCCCCAGGCGGACAACUCUUGGAUUUCUUGAGAGUUUUUAACUGCCUUCCAAACACUUAAAUGUUAAUCCAGAUUAUUCCACUGUCUGUCUGAGGUGGCUUAUAAAAAUUAGGACAAAACCUCUGUUCUCCAGAGUCGUAGAGGAAUAAACUCUUUCCAGGAAUAAUCAUGUUUUCUGAAACACUGAAAUGGAGUCUUCCCAGUGUUAUAAAUUGCCUAUUUAAGAGAAAACGUUUUUUUUUUAUUUUUGAAUGCCUCCUUGGCAGUGUGUACCAGGCAGUGUGCUGGUCAAAAAAAAAAAACAAAAAAAAAACAGAAUAAAAGCUUUUGAGGAACUCUUACAGUCUAGUUAAUUUGAGUGCUUUUUUUUUUCCACCCCCAGAAAAUAAGUUUAUAAGUCUAGCUAAAAUGUCCUUCUUGGAUGCCACUGCUAGGCAGGACCUCACUGCAGAUACCUGUGAGGAGGGCUGGGGGAUGAAGGGGUCUCCUCCGCUGGCUGCUACUGCCGCCCCUCCCCCAAUUCUAUUUCUCCCACAGCCCCCCGGUGCAGCUCUUGACUCCCAGGCCAGGCCGAUGGCUCCCGCAUCUGCCGGCUCCUCAGCAUAUGCGGGGCAAGAAGCCAGGUCAUAGCUCUGAAUGAGUCCCUUGGAUCUCCAGGGUUCUGGGGUCAAGCUCAGAGCAGCCUGCGUAGCAAAAUAGGAUUUCUCUGGUUUUAUGUCUUUUCUUAAAAUUUUCUAUGGAUUCUACUCUGUAAGACACUGUUUAGGAAAAAAUGCUGUAAAAUUCCUAUCUGGGGCUUCCCUGGUGGCGCAGUGGUUGAGAGUCCGCCUGUCGAUGCAGGGGACGCGGGUUCAUG